CAUGAAAGGAGGCCUUUUAUACGAGCUGUAAGCAGUUCUCAGAGGCUGGUAUGCAGGCUACAUCUGAUCCUCUUCAGCUCGCUGGAGGAACAGAAGACACUUCACUGCUGGGUCAUGGAUCAUCAUGCAUCAGGCCAACAAAGCCAUGCAGCACAUUUCCAGUGGCUUUCCUUUGCGUACCAGAGCCUCACAGAGAUCCCUUAUGAAACCAUCCUGACACAGACAGACAGCCUGCAGGUGCUGGACCUGAGCUACAACCUGCUGGAUGAGAACCCGGCUCUGCUGGGCCGCCUGGAGAAGCUCAGCACUCUGAUCCUGGACUGCAACAACUACACGUCUCAUGUCAAGUUCCCCUACAUGCCAAGCGUCACCACAGUGUGCAUCAACAAGAACAAGAUCAACAACCUGCCUGUGUUUGUGGAGGAGAUCUGGAGAAAGUUCCCCAACAUCAAGAUCCUUAGCAUGAUGAACAACGAGGCAGCACCCAGCUACUUCAAUGGAGGCAGUCUGACCCAGUACACAGACUACAGACGAGCACAGAACUACAGGAGACUCUAUGUGAUCAGUCAGCUUCCAGGUCUGGAGAUUCUGGAUGACACGGAGGUCCUGGAGAAGGAGAGAGCCCAGGCUCGGAAAACCUACCGGCUACAGCAGAGCGGUCACAGCAGCAGAAAACAGAGAAAGGACUCAUCCAAGAAGCACACUCGCAUUCAGAAAAAGCCCAGCAGCAUCAUGAAAUAAAGCCUGUGUCGCCCGUGUUAAUGUUA